ACAUAUAUACAUAUAUUAUAUAUGUAAAUAUUUUGCUUAGAUGUCCUCUAACAUAACCUUAACACAUAGUAUGCUUUUAGAAAUCAUUGACUGAAUGCUAAGGACGAAAAACCAGUGACCAGAAGGCAACCAGGAAAGGCUUUGUUGACCUCCGGGGUGGUGGGAUUGGAGGUUCUGGGAAGCCGACUAGGGAACCAGGGAGGGGCGGGGUGGAAUGGGAUGUGGACAGCGCUUUUGCGGGGGGAAAGCGUUUUUGCGGCUGGAAUUGAGCGGUAGGAAUGUGUCAGCCACAACCCCACCUUCCCAGUUCUUGUCAUCUCGGUUCAGGAAGGUGAACUGGGUUCCGAUUCCCCGCGGCGGGGGCCUGCAGUGGGCGCUCGGUCCCUUCCCCGCCUCGGCUGCAGGCCCCGCCCCUCGCCCAGAACCCCGGGGCGCUGGCCGCGGUGCUGAAACGGCGCCCUCCGCGGACGGAGGAGGGGGCGGGGCUCUCGGGAGCCGUGAGCCGGGAAGGGAGAGGGGCAGGGCGGCGCCAGCAGGCCCGAGACCCUGGGGGGCUUGGGAGGGGGCAGGAUACUGGAGACAACCUCGGCUAGAGCGGACACAGGCACCUGGCAAGCUUCCCCUGAUCAAGCCAAGGUUGUCCUUGUCCUAUUAAGCCUCUUCUCCUUGCCUUGAAGGGACCUCAUCUGGUGCCCUGACCUCAGCCUCCUCCCCAAACCCCGCUGGGGAGUGAUCUGCUUCUAGGCCUCCAUCCACAAAGCCACGGACUUGCAGCCCACGGGACCCCAGCUCAGGGCCUGCUGCCCUCACCAUGGUGAAAUUGCUGCCGGCCCAGGAGGCAGCCAAGAUCUACCAUACCAACUAUGUGCGGAACUCGCGGGCCGUGGGCGUGAUGUGGGGUACACUCACCAUCUGCUUCUCCGUGCUGGUCAUGGCCCUCUUCAUCCAGCCCUACUGGAUCGGCGACAGCGUCAACACACCGCAGGCAGGCUACUUCGGCCUUUUCUCCUACUGCGUGGGUAAUGUGCUCUCCUCGGAGCUCAUCUGCAAGGGUGGUCCCCUAGACUUCUCCUCCAUCCCCUCUAGAGCCUUCAAGACUGCCAUGUUCUUUGUGGCCUUGGGCAUGUUCCUCAUCAUUGGCUCCAUCAUCUGCUUCAGCCUGUUCUUCAUCUGCAACACGGCCACAGUCUACAAGAUCUGUGCAUGGAUGCAGCUGGCUGCGGCCACAGGUCUAAUGAUUGGCUGCCUGGUCUACCCUGACGGCUGGGACUCAAGUGAGGUACGGCGCAUGUGUGGGGAGCAGACGGGCAAGUACACGCUGGGUCACUGCACCAUCCGCUGGGCCUUCAUGCUGGCCAUCCUCAGCAUUGGCGAUGCCCUCAUCCUCUCCUUCCUGGCCUUCGUGUUGGGCUACCGGCAGGACAAGCUCCUCCCUGAUGACUACAAGGCAGAUGGAACUGGUAAUCCCCCAACUCCACAAUGGUGUCCCCUGUCUGGAGAACCUGGGAUGUGGAGGAGGUGUGAAGCAGCUGAAGGGUCGGUCAUCUAUUUCCCAGACAAUGGAAAACUAGGGAAUCAAAUUCUUCAGAGAUAAGAACUUGUUCUUCCAAGUUUCCUUGUUCCUGGCUGCUAUAGGUCUGACGCCUUAAGCCUUUUAUUAUAACACUAAAACCGGACAGUCUCUUGAGACAAGACCUCCUACUGUACUCUUUCCAGGGAAGCAGAACUGCAAUUACCCACUUCAAAGAUAUUCAGAGGCUGAGCAGUGCGGGGAGUGCUCACUUGCUGGGGAUGAGAUCCAAGUCCUCUUCUUAGCUCCACACAGCAGCAAAUCGCUUCACCUUCCUGAGGCCUCUCCUCUGUAAAGCGAGAGGGCUAAAUGGGUCCAUCUCUAGGGACCUUCCCUUCCAGGUCUGUGUCUGAUAGCGUGCACACACACACACACACACACACACACACAAAUGCCCAACCAGCUCUAAGACGGCUACUGAAGAGGUGGCUGGACAUGUGCUGGGUCAUUUUAGGGUAAGGUGUAGGGGGUCUUUUGCUUCUCCCUUCUCAUAUUUUGUUUUCUUAUUGCUGCUCAGAGGGGGGUAAGGAAUGGAGGGGCCAUCAGAACCUGAAUCCUUUAACAUCCACCAGGAAGUUUUAUUUAGAGUGGGUGAUAGGAUCUAAAAUCUCUGGAGACUAAUUUGACAUUUUUCCUCCCAGGAACCAAAUAUCACAUUUCCCUAUGGUGCCCACACUGACUCAACCAGAACUGGCUACCAGCUUCAGAAAUGUGUUACUUAUGUUCAAGUAAUUUGUUAUAGGAAUAGAUUACUUUUUUUUUCAAAAACUUUGGAUUUGGCAUAUCGUCAUCUAUAGGGGAAUUGGUUCCAGGAUCGCCUGCAGAUGCCAAAAUACAUGGAUGCCCAAGUCCUCAGCUAAAAAUGGCGUAGUAUUUGCAUAUAACCUAUGCACAUCCUCCUGUAUACUUUAAAUCAUCUCUAGAUUACUUAUAAUACCUAAUACAAUGUAAAUGCUAUGUAAAUACUUGUACUGUGUGGCUUUUAAUUUGUAUUUGUUGUUGUAUUGUUAUUUAUUUAUUUUUGAGACAGAGUCUCACCCUCUUGCUGAGACUGGGAUGCAAAGGCGCCAUCUCAGCUCACUGCAACCUCUGCCUCCCAAGUUCAAGCGAU